AUGCCAAACUCACCACGGAUUGCAGUGGAUCCGGAUGUCUACGUGUCAGGCGAGUAUGGCGAUGACUGGCAGUCGGAGACAACGUCUAUCGGUUCCUCAAUCUAUAAAGGCUUGAUGGAAAAUGGCAGACGGAUUCCCUCCGAUGACCUGGCAUUCGAGUCCUACGAAGUUGGUCACUUGCUCGCUCUCAUUUUAGAUUCAGAGCGAGAGAACCCGCUUUUUAGAGCGCCUGUCGGGAAGAAUCCUAAACAUAUCCUCGACAUUGGAACGGGUAAGGGUAACUGGGCUAUCGAUGUUGCCGACAUGUUCCCAUCUGCGACCGUCCGAGGAGUUGACCUCUUCCCACCUCCUAUCACAUGGAUGCCGCCCAACUGCAUCCUCGAAGUCGACAACGUCCUACAGGAAUGGACCUGGAAACAACCCCUCGAUCUAAUCCACAUGCGGAUCAUGACUGGCUCGUUCGAUCCCGCGGGAUGGGAUCACGUCUACGCAAGCUCCUUUAAACAUCUACGACCAGGAGGCUGGAUCGAACAACUUGAAGGUGAUAUACACAUCGAAUGUGAUGAUGACAGCUUGCCAGCAGAUAGCAUCCUGCGAACCUGGGGCCCGACCAUGAAUGGGUGCGGUGCGCGGGGCGGACUCAAGCUAGAUACUCUUGAUGGCAUGCGCGGCAUGAUGGAGAAGGCUGGGUUUGUGGAUUUCCAAGAGAAGCCAUACCGGUGGCCGAUUGGCCCGUGGGCUCGAGAUCAGAAAUACAAAGAGGCGGGCGUUGUUAAUUUCCAACAUUGGAUUUCGGGUAUGGAGGGAUGGUGUAUGCGGUUGCUUACCUCCUUCGGUGAGCCUCAUCCUUGGUCCAAGGAUGAGGUUACUGUCUAUUUGGCCAAGGUUCGUUCGGAACUUAAGAACCCAAGAUAUCAUAUUUAUCACAGAGCACGACGUGUGUGGGCGCGCAAGCCAUUUCCAGAAGAACUUACUUCCGAGACCGAGACGACUCCGAUCAAGAAGGAAGAGGAGUCAACUAAGUAG